ACAACUUAUGUUUGUCUGUGGACUUGUGAAGGUGGUCUCUUUGCUGUUGGGAGAUGUAACAGCGCAGCGAUUUGAGGACUGGGUAGCUUUGGUGAGGAAACGAAGUGGGAAGUAUCGGCCUUCAGGUUUUCCACACCGGCUGCCAAAACUCGGGAAAAUGCCAUGUGGGUUCUUGACUGCAACAGCUUGCCAUGAUCGAAGUUCCAAAGCUAAAGAUUCGGGAGGCUUAGACUGUGAAUCAGAUGAUUUAUUGCUUCCUGACCAAGCUUCAGAACCGAAUUUAUGGGAAAGGCUCGGGAGUGCUGCAAUGUUAGAUAUUGAAUCAGGUGAUUUCUCCUGGGAUGGCCUCUCAUCACUGCAUCACACUGAACAUACUAGCAGUGCAGAGCAUUCUGAAGAUGAAAUGAAUAAACCACUGGAGAUGACUGUCAAUUCAGGGGGAGUAGUUUUCUUUGCUUUGUUCAACACUCUUGAGGACACUGAUCUCUUUCCAAAAGAAGCAUCUGCAGUGAUUAAGAUAGCUUCUUCGCGAAUGGCGACUCAGUCAGAGCGUCUAGGCUAUGAGUUUGCAAAAUGGCUCGGAGUUCACACACCUCAAGCUAGAGUGGUUCAUAAUAGCUGUCUCGAAUGGCAAACCAUUAAGGAUGCUACUCAGAAAGCACGUGAAGCUGCAUUGUCACUUGGGGAUGAGUUCAGUGAAGUUACAUGUUCAGAGUUGUUGGAAGCGCUUGAAAUGAGUCGAUGCCUACUAUUAAUGAAUUACGUUCACGGAUCCCCUGUUCUAGAAAGUUCAGAUGCAUUUGGUUCCCAAGAAGCUGCUGAAAAUACUGCUGCAGCCCUAGGCAGGGUUUUGAUGCUGGAUCUUAUCUUAAGGAAUGAAGACAGACUCCCUUGUCGUCAGCUUGGCUGGCGUGGAAAUCCUGCAAAUUUAUUACUUGCAGAUAAAAUUGCCUCUGCUAAGUUGGAUGCUUUGGAAGAAGCCUAUAAUUCUGCCACCAGACAACGAGUAAUUAAAACUCUCCAGAAAAAGAGAAGAGCAUAUUCAGUGAAUGGAAGAUUAGUCUGCCGAAAUCCCGAACAUUUGUCUCAAGGCUCUGAUGCGUACAAUGAGAUUGAGUAUGAUGAUUUUCACGUUGUGGCUAUUGACAUUGGGGUCCCACGCCGGCCUCCCGCAGGAAAGCGUGCUAAAGAUCAAGAACGAUAUCCAAAGUUUGUAGAGCUCAUACUUAACAACUCAGAAUACUCUUCAAAUGUAUUAAAUGAAAUAUCUGGUGGUAAAUUGGGGUCUCCUACACCAGAAGCCAUUGAACAAAUGGAUUGUAGCUCGUCUCUGUCUGAGAUUGACAUGACAUCGAUUGUUCAUGAGUUUCGAGGUGGUUUUCGUGCAGCUCUCAGGGACCUGCAGAGUUUUCAUCUAUUUCUUCUCACACUUUAUCAGAAGCUGGACGGCCUUCUACGAGUUUUCUUAUCGAUAAUUAGUAAAAACACUGAAGUGUCGGACAAGGAUGACUUCAUGGCUUCAGACUCGCUGUUGCAUUCUGUGGGGUUGGGCUUUAAUUCUACAGCAUCUGCAACUAAAGAGAGAUUUUUGAAUGAAGCCCACACAGAUUCAAGCGACUCAGAGAAUCAUAAAUCUACACCAAAGUCUUCUUCUCCAGUUCACAGAGGAAGUCCUGACUUGUCUUCUCCAGCUUCUCGAGAAAAUUGGAACGGGAGAUAUUUCAAAGGCAGUGGUGAUGCUUCUCGUAGUUUGCGCAUGACGAUGAAACUCCGUGACUUUCAAAAGCUAACAAAGAUAGAUGCUGAGUUGCAAAAGGAGUUGGAACAGUGGAAUGAAAUGCUAAGAACUGAUGUGAUUAAGUUGUGCCAGGAAAACAACUUCAAUACGGGCUUCUUUGAGGGGAGUGAUAGCACCAGUGUUGUUGAUGCUUAUGAGUUGAAGGUCCGACUUGAACAUAUCCUUGAGAGAAUAGCCUUGAUAUCCGAUGCAGCUAAUACUGAGAGACCAUCUUUAGUUGCAGGUAACCUAUUUAUUGGUGGAGCUCUUGCAGCAAGGUCUAAGCAUACGCUUCAGCACUUGGGCAUCACACGUAUAUUGUGUCUAUGUUCAAAUGAAAUUGGUCAAUCAGAUACUCAAUAUCCUGAUCUUUUUGACUAUAAGAACUUCUCAAUAAGUGAUCAUGAUGAUUCCAACAUCAGCGGUCUCUUUGUAGAAGCUUCUGAUUUCAUCGAUAAUGUUGCGCAAUGUGGUGGUAAGGUUUUGGUCCAUUGCUUUGAAGGGAAAAGUCGAAGUGCUACCAUUGUGCUUGCCUAUCUGAUGCUGAGAAAAAAUUUCACUCUGUUACAAGCUUGGACCCUACUCAAGAAAGUCCACCGUCGAGCUCAACCUAAUGAUGGGUUUGGCAAAGCUUUACUAGACCUCGACACGAGGCUUCAUGGAAGAGCCUCUAUGGACUGGCAGCACAAGAAGCCUGUAAUGAAAGUUUGCCCAAUCUGUGGAAAGAACGCGGGGCUCAGCACAAGCUCGCUGAAGCUCCACCUUCAGAAAUCUCACAAGAAGAUAUCUUCAGGGAGUGUCGAUAGUGCCAUGACUAUGGAGAUCCAGAAAGCAAUGGUGGGGCUUAAGAUUAGCCGAACUGGGAGCGAUGUUACUCCAGCUGGAAAGCAGAUUCAUUUCCUCAACGGGAGGUUGUCUUAUUGAUGAUACUUUUGUUCUAUAAUCUUUUGAGUUCAAUUUAGGAUUAAUUGAGGACUUGGUAGAGAAAAAGUAUAAAAGCACUCCCGGUAACUGUAAGGUCAUCUAACUGUCACGUAUCCUGUCUUCUGGGCUGAAUCAGUGACGGAAGCAAUAUAUUUCUUGCAAGUUAAUUUGAAUAAAGAGGGAAUUCUUUUGUUAGCUUUCAAGGACAAACUCUACCAAAUGAAAUGGGUGGUAAUCGGUAAUGUUAUUUUUGGGAUGUAUGUGCCUACGAGUAUCAAUAAGAAUCAUCCCAUCUUUGUAUGUAUGUAUAUCCAUAGAAUGUUUUAUUUAUGGAAUAUAGCAUUGCAUUUGAUUUGUUAAGUUAUAUUUGAAAAU